AUGAAUUAUAUAUACGACGACGUUGCGAACAUACGAGGGUUUCUACCGGCACACGACAACAUCGGAUCUUUCUCGAGGAGUAAACUUAAUGGUCACAAAAAAUAUUUAACAAGUAACGGAAAUCCGAAGUAUCAAAAAGCGGCGAACGAGCGAUCAGUAGAUUCAUAUUUCAGAGUCAUUAAAUCAUCAGGAUUUGCCAAUUCAUUAAUACCCGCUGUAAAUACACAUGAAGAAAUACGCAAAAUACAAAAGAACACCAUACCGCCAAAUCGCAACAUGGAUAUAGCAAUUACAGAAACCAAAAGUCCAAGUUCAAAAAAGUUUGUAAAAGUUAGAAUGAGUACAGUAAUGCCAGUAAGUGUAAAAUCAACAAUUAACACAAGUGAAAUUAAAAAACUUAGCACCGACGGCACAUACGAAGGUGAUCACCGACAAUCGAAUGCAAAACUAUAUCAUCACAAAAUAAAAGAUGCAGUUAAUACUAAAGUUCAUCAACAUGAAGACGGUCAAAGAGUUGUAAGCAGACAGAACCACCGUCACAGGAGUUCUUUGUUGGCAAACAGAUCGCAGAGCUUUCAUCAUAAACUGCAAUCACCAUCAAAAUUCAACAAAACCAUCCACAGAUCAUUAACUAAUGACAAACAUGUACCAAACGUUAGAAGGAUUUUUAAUGACAAAGGUAAUAAUCUACAAGAUAAAAUUCAGCAAAAGACUGGAAGGAAAAGGGAUACAAGUGCAAACGAAGAUACCGAUAUGUUUUUAGAUAAGAAUAAGUAUUACACUAUUUCUGAUAAUUUGAUUUCCAUGAAUCGGGGACCAAUCGAUCAAGCAAUUAUUGCGAACAUCGUUGAUGAUAACACAGAAGUGACCAAUAGUCCCUACGCAGAUUUCUACAGAAUGAGUCCGGAUAUAACUGACCAACAGGAUGGUUAUAUGUUUUUGGGUUCACAAAAUGAACGUAUAAAUAAUUUGUAUAAGGAAAGAGAAGCUGCGAUGAAUUCCGAAAACGAAAUGGAAAAAAGCCAAAAUAAUUACAAGAAAUUUUCAAACAAUAUUAAAAUGCACAAAAAAGUUAAAAACUUUUCUAAUUUUAGGAAUUUUUAA